CUUCCACUUUCUUCUCUCUUUUUCAACAUAAAGCCCACACACAUCGCAUGUCCACUUAAGCCAUUUCCAGUAUUCGGUUCCCUAAACUACGCUAUUUUUACUUCUCUCUCUCUCUCUCAUCCGCAGUCGUCCAUUAAAGCCCACAUCCAUUGCUUGUCUAGCAAAUGAUAUUUCCGUUCUCCUGCUCCAUAAUCUUCCCUCUUUUUUACAGAGUCCCAGUUAAUAGCUUUCUCUCUCUUUUUACGAAAAAAGAAAUACUCUCUCUCUCAUCAAAGACCCUCAUCUACCGCUUGCCCGGUAAAUGUUAUUUCCGUUCUUCCAUUCCCUAACCUACAUUCAUCUUCACAAAGUUUUAUCUCUCUCACCUCCCCCCUCCCUCCCCAAAUCCUUAUCCACCACCACCUUCUCUUUAGCCUUCUAUCCAAGGCUACAUCCAUAAUGUGUCCACUAAUGAUUCUAUGGAUCUAGAUCAACAUUUGUUUCUUUUAAGUUCUAAAUAUACAUAUAGGCCAUUCACCUAUUUGUUAGGCUUCUGCUCUCGUCUCACUGUCAUAGUUAUACAUAUUAUGCUGCAAUUUUUUCCUUAUUUUCUAUGUGGGUGUGUUUAUAAUCUGGAGCAUAUAUUGUGUUCUUUGAGUUUCCUUACCUAUCUUGCACUCCUAUGUUUUCUAUUUACUAUGCUUAUUUUAUCUUGAGAAAUAUUGCUGUAUACACACUUACACACACACACACACACACACACAUACAUACAUACAUACAUAGUUGCAUGUACAUAGCACAUGGACAACUCUUUGGCUAUGUUACGAAAAGAGUAGUUAUGAAUUCUAUAAUAUAUGUACAAUCCAGAAUUGAUAGGUUUUAAAUGUUCAUAAAAAAGUUAUUGCUUUUCAUCAUUUUCCAUUGGCGAAGAUUUUAAAAGGAUUUACCUAUCAUCCAAUAAGUCUCUUUCGGUGGAAAAAAAUGCUAGUCCUAUUUAAGGAGUUUCUUAUUCCUUCAAAUAUUUCAUGCUUUUCACAUGCACACUUGGAAUAUAUGUCUAGACUGCGCCAAGGAGGCUCAUCUAAUAGUGUGGUCCACCUCUGUGUCAAAGUACAGUAGGGAGAAUAAUGAGAAGUUAUUUCCUCCUAAAUUAAUUCCUUUCCUAAAAGGAGAAUAAUAAAUAUAAUAAUGCUACAAUGCCAUUGAUGUGGAUAAGCUCUUGUAGCUCAUGCUUUACCUUACGAGAGCAAUGGUUCAGUUUAAUAACGGGAGCAAGUGCAUGCAGAUUCUAGCAACAAUUGGAGAAUACAUUUGAAUAGAUAAAAGAUCGAAGAUUUUAAUUUAUUAAUCUAAAUGAUCUUUUUGUGGUUUGGUAAAGAUGAUGAUUGCUAUCAGAGGUUAAUUUCCAGUUAUCUUGGCUGAUAUCGCAUAGAUUUGUCUUCUCAACCUGCAAUGACGACAAGCACUCAUGUGGCUGGGGUGGGUGAUAAGAUCUCCUUUUUCUCAAGAAAAAUAAAAACAAAAAAGUAACUAGAUCCUAGUGAAAGAUCAGCUUCAAAUCAAUGGUAGAUUUAGCCAUCUAAGAUCAUACUAGAAAAAUUUCUGGCUAGUCUUCCUUCUAGAGGCGACCUUCUAGUUCAAAGUAUUCCGAGAGCACCUGUUGGUAGACACGGUCACUUGGGUAAAAAGCCUUGACUGGCUGAGAUGGUUUGCAUGUGCCAUGCACGCCGCGCCCCAUGAGAAAUUUCCCUUUUUUUUCCAAAAUAAUGGAUAUAUAUUUAUUCCAUUUUCGGUAAAUAUAUACUCUUCUUCUCUUUUCCAGCACGUGAGCCCGCCCAGGCCGUCGCAGCCGCCGAACGGUUUCCUAAAAUGCUUUAACUCAAAUUGCCUAUUUCAAAUAAAAACUUAGGUGGUUUUUUUUUCCUUUCCUCGGUCUUCUCUAACAUUCUUUGGUCAACAACGCUCCCAUUCCCUUCCCGGCGAAAAAAGUGCUGUUCACUGCUUGCCAGCCAAUCCGCUUCGCGAUAUCCAUCGACGAAGCACGACACCUUCAGACGUGGCAUCCCAUUAACUGGACACGCGUCAUCAUGCAAGUAUGCAAACCUUUUUUUGGGGAUGGCCAGACCAUUCGCCAGCGGAGUCAACUCGAGCCAGGCCGGUCCAGCAGGAGGAGUCGACGCCGACCAGUCCGGUCCAACCGCCGGGAACCCGGUCCUUCCCGGCAGCACCGCCCGGGCAACCGCCACCUCCUCCACUACCCAACCCCAAGUCGGCAACCUCCGGGAGCAAGACCGUUUCAUGCCGAUCGCCAACGUCAUCCGCAUCAUGCGCAAGGUCCUGCCGCUGCACGCGAAGAUCUCCGACGACGCCAAAGAGACGAUCCAGGAGUGCGUGUCGGAGUUCAUCAGCUUCAUCACCGGCGAGGCCAACGAGCGCUGCCAGCGGGAGCAUCGGAAGACCAUCACCGCCGAAGACGUGAUCUGGGCAAUGGGAAAGUUGGGCUUCGAUGACUACGUCGCCCCACUAAGCCGGUACCUUCAGCGCUACCGCGAGCUGGAAGGCGACCAACGUGCCGGCCUCCGCGGCGAACAUUUCCCGAUCAUCAAGCAGCGCCGCCACCCCCAGAUCAGCGACACUGGCCGCGCGACAGACGUUGGUGCCCAACCACUCUCAAUGCGCUCGCCGCCGCCACAAGCGCCGCCUCCAUCGAACCUCGUCAUGCCCCCGAUAGUGCCUCCUCCUCGCGUCAACCAUCUCUUUGGCGAAGACCCGAGAGCAGGCUACUUCCUCGAGAUGUAUUGGGGUGGGGAUGGUUCUGGGAGUAGCAACUCCGGGGCUCCACCAAUGCCUGACUUCUUUCAGUAGAAAUCAUCCAGCAGUAGGUAUGUCGCAGCAAACAAUGCUAGUAUGUAGGAUAUAUGGCAGUGUUAACUGAUGGGAGAGCAAAGAAGAGGGUCUUCUUUGUUAUGUGGAAUUGAUCACAAAUAUAAGAGAAGGUGGAUGAGCUUCGAGAGUGGUUUAGUUGGGGUUAGAGUGAGGUUUGAUGGCUAGAAUUUGUUGGAAGGGAUGGGGAGUGGAACUUGUAGGAGACAGACAUCGUUUUGUGGGUGUGGCCUUCUCCUUUCAUGGUACCGUGAUGAGUGGAGACUGUCUUGUUAAAAAUUUGCUAAUAGAAGAAGAGCAACUUCAGCACUUGUAGCAUGAACUGUGACAAGGAGCGAUAUCUCGUGCGUUUCUUGGUCUUUGUUUACGUAUCUCUGUUUAUGGUUUUCUA